ACCAUCCCAGCCAUCACCAUCUCACUGCCACCCUCAGUGCCACCAUGCUGGCCUCGGGGCUGCUUCUGGUGGCUUUGCUUGCCUGCCUGACUGUCCUGGUCUUGAUGUCUGCCUGGAGGCAGAGGAAGGUCUGGGGGAAGAUGCCUCCCGGGCCCACCCCACUGCCCUUCAUCGGGAACUACCUGCAGCUGAACACAGAGCAGAUGUACAACUCGCUCAUGAAGAUCAGCGAGCGCUACGGUCCGGUGUUCACCGUCCACCUGGGGCCCCGGCGGAUCGUGGUGCUGUGUGGACACGAGGCUGUGAAGGAGGCGCUGGUGGACCAGGCUGAGGAAUUCAGUGGGAGGGGCGAGCAGGCAACGUUUGACUGGCUCUUCAAAGGCUACGGCGUGGCUUUCAGCAACGGGGAGCGCGCUAAACAGCUCCGGCGCUUCUCCAUCACCACGCUGCGCGACUUCGGCGUGGGCAAGCGCGGCAUCGAGGAGCGCAUCCAGGAAGAGGCGGGCUUCCUCGUCGAAGCCCUCCGGGGCACGCGCGGCGCCUUCAUCGAUCCCACCUUCUUCCUGAGCCGAACUGUCUCCAACGUCAUCAGUUCUAUUGUCUUCGGGGACCGCUUUGACUACGAGGACAAAGAGUUCCUGUCCCUGCUGCGUAUGAUGCUGGGGAGCUUUCAGUUCACUGCGACAUCCAGAGGGCAGCUCUACGAAAUGUUCUACUCGGUGAUGAACCACCUGCCAGGACCACAGCAUCAGGCAUUCAAGGAACUGCUGGGCCUGGAGGACUUCGUAACCAAGAAGGUGGAGGAGAACCAGCGCACACUGGACCCCAACUCCCCACGGCACUUCAUCGACUCCUUCCUCAUCCGCAUGCGGGAGGAGGGGAAGAAUUCCAAUGCAGAGUUCAACCUGAAGAACCUGGUGCUCACCACAUUGAACCUUUUCUUUGCUGGCACCGAGACCGUCAGCACAACCCUGCGAUAUGGCUUCUUGCUGCUCAUGAAGCACCCAGACGUGGAGGCCAAAGUCCAUGAGGAGAUUGACCGGGUCAUUGGCAAGAACCGUCAGGCCAAGUUCGAGGACCGGGCCGAGAUGCCCUACACAGACGCGGUGAUCCACGAGAUCCAAAGAUUCGGAGACAUGCUCCCCAUGGGCGUGGCUCGCAGAGUCACCAAGGACACCAAGUUUCGGGACUUCUUCCUCCCUAAGGGCACCGAGGUGUUUCCUAUGCUGGGCUCCGUGCUGAGAGACCCCAAGUUCUUCUCCAACCCCCAAGAAUUCAAGCCCCAGCACUUCCUGGAUGAGAAGGGGCAGUUUAAGAAGAGUGAUGCUUUCGUACCCUUCUCCAUAGGAAAGCGGAACUGUUUCGGAGAAGGCCUGGCCAGAAUGGAGCUCUUUCUCUUCCUCACCACCAUUAUGCAGAACUUCCGCUUCAAGUCCCCGCAGUCGCCCCGGGACAUCGACAUCUCCCCCAAAUGUGUGGGCUUUGCCACCAUCCCGCGCACCUACACCAUGAGCUUCCAGCCUCGCUGAGCCGGGGCGGGGCGACGGGGCGGCGGG